AUGCGUGCGGAGACCAGGGCGAAGCAGCGACUGAAAGCUGCAGGCCCGAGCUCCCAGAGCCUGCGAGGAGAUGAAAGCUCCCCAUCUCUCAAGGCCGUGAAGGCACAGCGCUCACUCUUCCUGGGGUCGCUCCUGCAGUUCCUGGAGCUCGAGUUUGAAAUUGGAUCGGUAGUCUGGCCAGAGGUCUUUAGUGCUUUGACCAUGGCGGCUCCUUCCUUGUAUGCCUUACACGCUGCGCCUGAGCUUGCUUCCAACGCAGUUUUCCCGGAAGGUGUCUGGGCGCUGGCGAUCGGCACCAUGAUGCACUGCCCCUUCAGCAUGGCAUGCCACCUCGCUUCUGCCCUGAUGAACAAGCGCGAUGGCUAUGACCCCAUGUGCACUCCGUUUCGCACAAUGGACAUCACAGCGAUCCACAUCAACUGCGUCGUGUUUGGCUGGGCCCUGAGCGGCGGCAGCCUGAUCUUCACCCUCUUCAUGGCAAUGCUCAACGCGCCAUGCAUCUUCAUCCUCCUUCGCCGCCUCGUGGAGGGAAGGCCCGGCGGUCUGGACGAGAGCCUUCGCGUGACCUCUCAGGUUUUUACAUACACGCUCCCCUUGCUCUUUCGCGGCCUCUACUUCCACUAUCUGGCCACCAUCUCGAUGUGGCUGGGUGCCUGCCUGUUUUUCGCCUUGGCCAACUACUUCAGACUGGGAGGAGGAUGGAGCCACGGGAUUUUCCACCUCCUGUGCUUCCCCUUUCUCCACUUCAUGAUGUCUGGCGUGGCCAGCGCCUAG